AUGGCUGAAGACCAUGAUUUAGAGAAUGUAUGGUUUCAACAAGACGGGGCUACAGCACACACAGCUCGAAUAUCACUUGGUGUCUUGCAACAAAUGUUCCCUGGGCGGUUAGUCUCUCUAAGAGGAGACAUAGGCUGGCCAGCACGGUCUCCAGAUUUAAGCAUGUGUGAUUUUUUCCUCUGGAGCUACCUUGAGAAUAAGGUUUUCAAAUAUCGCCCACAUACCAUAGAAGACCUUAAACAGAAAAUCACCGAGGAAAUCGAAGCCAUAUCAGUCGAAACGUGCCGAAAAUCAUAUGAGAGCUUCAGAGAUCGUCUACAACAGUGUAUUGAUGCUGACGGCCGCCAUCUUCGAGAUAUAAUUUUCAAACAAUAA